AUGAAGCCCGAGAAGGCAGUUAGCGAGAUCAAUGGCUGCGUGGCGGCGGCCACCAACAACCACAUCGACUCGAUCCUCGAUUCGAGCUCCGCGAACGCGCUCACGAGCCUCGUCGUCGCUAGCGUCAUCUACUUCAAGGGCAAGUGGGAGGCGCCGUUCACCAAGUCCCACACCAUGGUGGACAAGUUCCACCGCCUCGACGGCAGCGCCGCCAACGUGCCCUUCAUGCGCUCGUUGCGGAGCCAGCUCGUCGCCGUCCGCAUCGGGUACAAGGUGUUCAAGCUCCCGUACAGAUCGCCGUCGGCACCGCCGCCGCCGCCGCCACGGCGUAAGAGAGCAUCCCAAAACAAGGCUGGCAACGAGCCGCCGCCGCCGCUGCCACGGCGUAAGAGAGCAUCCCAAAACAAGGCUGCACGCAACGAGCCCGACAAGGCUGCCGAUGAGCUCCCGAGGUACUCCAUGUGCAUCUUCCUGCCGGACGAACGCGACGGCCUCGCUGGCCUUGUUGCCAAGAUCGCGUCCGGCCCCGGGUUCUGGCACUACCGCUUGCCGGUUGAGCGGGUCCCUGUCGGCGACUUCCGGCUGCCCAAGUUCAAGCUCUCCGCCUCCGGCAGCGUGAGGCAGGGCCUGAGAGACAUGGGGAUCACUUCGGCUUUCGUUGCCGGCGAAGCGGACCUGUUCGGCAUGGCCAAGCGCGAUGGCGACGAAGCCGGCACGCCGCUGCACGUGGCGGACGUGCGCCACAAGGCGGUGCUCGAGGUGAAUGAGGAUGGUGCCAUGGCGGUGGUCGCCACCGGUAGCUAUAUGCUCCGUGGGGCUAGUGCGGUAAUGGCGGAUCAGCCGGAAACGGUGGACUUCGUCCCUUGGAUAUUGAUCUGGUGGCUCAGAUUGAAGUUUGUACAAUUUGCACGAAGAGACCCGUUUGCACCUGAUAUAUUCCCAUUUAUUUUAUCUUCCAAAUGUGCUUAUAAUAUAAGUUGCAACGAAACAUAA